GGUACCCUCAACGAUAUGGUAACCUCGGUCAACACUGUGGCCCAUUCUGGAGCUCGACGUUUUUCGGAACUUCCUUCAAUUAUUAAGGCGCUUGCCGCCACAACGUUGAGUGGCACGCAGGAAGUCUACGAGACGAGAACCGCCGAGGAAUGGUUGUUUAAGGGCUAUAUCAGUUCUUUGGUCACAGUGGGCAAGUUUUUACGUCCCAAGGAUGUACCCUACGAUCGGGUUGGCUAUCAGUAUCCACGCAAUGGCACCACGGACUUUGAUGGAGAUAUUAACAUGUUCACCGGUGCGGAUGACAUUAGUAAAAUGGGUCAAAUCCAUACGUGGAAUAAUUUGACACACACCGGCGCCUUUGAGGGUGUUUGUGGCAAUGUCAUGGGCUCUAUGGGUGAAUUCUUUCCUCCCAAUUUGAACACAAACCAAACUGUCUACAUGUAUAUGCCCAAGAUGUGCCGUGCCGUGCCGCUGGACUAUACCGAAACAGUCACAGUGCAUGGGGUUACCGCAUAUAAAUUCAGUGGCACAAGACGUGCUGUGGACAAUGGCACCAUGUAUCCGGAGACUAGUUGCUUCUGCGUGGAUGGCCAAUGCAAACCGUCGGGUGUUAUCAAUAUUGCACGCUGUGCUUACAAUGCCUCUAUACACAUGUCAUAUCCACACUUUUAUCUGGCCGAUCCCAGUUAUCUAGAGGCAAUUGAUGGACUGCAGCCGGACAAAGAGAAGCAUGAAUUUUACAUGGCACUGGAACCAAACGCUGGCGUGCCCAUGGAUGUGGGCGGUGGUUUCCAGGCCAAUUAUCUGAUGGAGCCGAUAAGUGGAGUUGGUCUCUAUGCGCGCGUGCCACGCGUCAUGAUGCCCUUGAUGUGGGCCGAGGAGCGUGUCCGUGUUAGUGAAGAAAUUGCCACGCAAAUUGGACUGGUGCCGUUAAUUGUAUUGAUUGGACAGAUCUUUACUGGCAUACUGCUUGCCGGCGGUCUCAUCUGCACCUGCUGGUAUCCCACGCGCAAACUGACGCGUCUCUGCCACAGCGACGAUCCAAAGGUCAAGGCUUCCGUGCUGCGUCCACUCACCACGUUUGGUGUCAGCGCCAGUGCCACAGGUGCGACACAAAUCCGACCCCAUGACAGCCACAACGAGCGUGUGGGCGUCCGUCUCUUGGAUUAUAGACGCAGCUCGGGACUAACCGAUAGCGGCUGUAAUUCGGCCAGUGAGAGCCUCAUCGGAAGCAUCAGCUCAACAGAUGUGAUAAUUAGUUAAUAUACAUAUACCGUUGCAUCUUGCAUUUUCAAUCGAUCUAUCUGCGUAUAUAUAAACACACAUUGCCUUAGGGGAGCCACUAAAGGUUCCGAACAUCGCCGCGCCUCGCCAUUUACGAUUCACCAAAUGGUACAGAACUGCUGUUGCCUUUUAGACCAUAGCACUAACUAUUAGUUACACACACUUGUACACACACCACAUACAUAUCCAUAUCACGUUUAUAUGGUUUCCUCAAAUUACUGCGCACUUGGUCGCGGGAAUAGCGAGAGAGAUUAAUAAGAUUAUUUAUUUAUUAGUGCC